CGGUGGCGUGGCACCAUGCUAGCUACUACUUUUACGAAUCAUCUGACUCAUUGGUUUGUUCAUGUGAGACUUAUCACGUCAUACGAAUUACUCACGACACUGGGAGAGACACUUCAGUCGUUUUGAUAUCGUCGGAGGAUAUUCGUCACGUAUUUCAUCAAUUCUUAUAGUGAUGUUAUUCCAGAUUUUUCUUAUCUAUUGAUUUUACCGUCACGUGGAGUUUUUUUGUGAGCUUUACUGUUCGUGUGCAAGUGCUGGAAAAUUUCGACCAUGGUACAGCAUCACUGGCAAAGUCAAAAUGUUAAGGUGUCAGGAGUGGAUGAUAUGGUCCUCCUCCCGAAGAUCACGGAGGAAGCAAUUAUGGAAAAUCUCCGGAAGCGUUAUAUGGAUGAUUAUAUAUUCACAUGCAUUGGUCCUGUUUUGGUGUCGAUCAAUCCGUUCAAACAGAUGCCCUAUUUCGGGGAGAAGGAGGUGCAGAUAUAUCAGGGUGCGGCGCCCUAUGAAAAUCCACCGCACAUAUACGGUUUAGCGGACGACAUGUAUCGCAACAUGUUGAUCGACGUGGAGAGUCAGUGUGUCAUCAUCAGCGGAGAGUCAGGCGCCGGCAAGACGGUUGCAGCCAAGUACAUAAUGGCUUAUGUAUCGAGGGUAAGCGGUGGUGGUGAACGCGUACAGAGAGUCAAGGACAUCAUCCUCGAGUCCAACCCACUGCUUGAGGCCUUCGGCAAUGCUAAGACUAUUAGGAAUAAUAAUAGCAGUCGAUUUGGAAAAUACGUGGAGAUGCAGUUUGGUGACGGCGGACAGCCCAUUGGCGGGAAAAUUACAAAUUUUCUCUUGGAAAAAUCUCGAGUGGUUAGGCACAACACUGGUGAAAGAAGCUUCCACAUUUUUUAUCAACUGGCAUCUGGCGCAAAUGAGCAGAUGAAAUCGGAGUUUGGAUUGAGACAAGAACUUGAUAACUGCGAUUAUAUAAUGAAUUGGGAUGGCUCUGCGCUUCGCCAGGCUGACCGGGGUGGUGGCUCCGAUGCCAAAGAAUUUCAAGAAACUUUGAAAGCCUUGAGUGUUAUGGGAAUCGUAGAAAUGGAGGUAUCAAACCUCUUGAGGAUAGUCUCCGGUAUUCUUCACAUAGGAGGAAUUAAAUUCCGCGAGAAUGGAAAUUAUUCCCAAAUUGCUGAUGGAAGAGCGCUUGAACUCCCUUCGUACCUUCUUGGCAUUUCUGCGGAUCGUCUUUCCCAUAAAUUGACAUCAAGGGAAUUCGAGUCCAAAUGGGGCAGUCAGUCAGAGAGUGUUGAUGUAACACUCAAUGUACCACAGGCACUCUACACACGAGAUGCACUCGCCAAAGAUAUUUAUGCUAGGCUAUUUGAUUACUUGGUGAAACGCGUCAAUUCAGCCAUGCAAACUGCCGGAGACUCCUUCGAAAUAGCUAUUCUCGAUAUCUAUGGUUUUGAAAUAUUUGAGACGAAUGGAUUUGAGCAGUUCUGCAUCAAUUUCGUUAAUGAAAAAUUGCAACAGAUAUUCAUUGAGUUGACGCUCAAAGCAGAACAGGAAGAAUACAUAGCAGAGAACAUCAAAUGGACGCCAAUAGACUACUUUAAUAAUGCGAUUGUGGUUGACCUCCUCGAAGGGAAACGCCCUCCAGGUAUUUUCCUAGUUAUCGAUGAUAUCUGUGCAACGCUGCACAGUGGCACUGGCUCAGCAGAUUCAGACCUCCAGAAAAAGCUCUCGACAGUCUCCAACAACCAUCCGCACUUCCUCGAGACAAGCGAUGGUUUUGCAAUCCUCCACUACGCCGGACAGGUGGUCUACUCGGUUGACGGUUUUUGUGAUAAAAAUCGAGAUGUUCUUUUUACUGAUUUAAUUGAACUCAUGAGGAGCAGUUCCAAUCCUCUCAUCCAGUCCCUCUAUCCCCUUGACGACGAUACCGGAAGAACAAAAACAUUGAAAAAACCUACCACAGCAGGAAGUAAAAUUCGAAGUCAAGCAAGUAGACUAGUUGCACAACUUAUGAAAUGCACUCCACACUACAUUCGUUGCAUAAAGCCCAAUGAAACGAAAAAACCGAGGGACUGGGAUCAAAUGCGAGUGAAGCAUCAGGUGGAAUAUCUGGGAUUAAAAGAGAAUAUUAGAGUGAGAAGGGCUGGUUUUGCUUAUCGCCGAACAUUCGCCAAAUUCCUCCACAGAUAUGCCAUUUUGACACGCGAGACCUGGCCAAUCUGGAGUGGAGACGAGAAAAGGGGAAUUCAGUGGAUUAUGUCGAGCAUUCAUAUCGACGAGAAUCAGUAUCAACUCGGAGCAACCAAGGUCUUCAUCAAAGCCCCCGAGAGCAUCUUCAUGCUGGAGGAGGCUCGAGACCGCAAGUUCAAUUUUUAUGCGAGAAUCAUUCAGAAAGCCUUCAAGAAAUUUUUCGCGAGGAAGAGGCAGGAGAGUGAGAAACAGGCAGCUGCUGACAUAAUGUAUCGUCACAAACAGAGACGAAAACCCAGUCUUGAGAGGAAUUUCGUUGGGGAUUACAUCGGGAUGGAUGGAAGGCCUGGACUCACCGGGCUACUUGGGAGGCGAGAAAAAAUUCUCUUUGCCGAAGUCGUCAGGAAGUACGACCGGAGGUUCAAGAUGUGCAGGAGGGAUCUAGUGCUGACAGGGAAUUGUCUGUAUUUAAUUGGACGAGUGGAGAAGCCUGGGAAAACGGGGAAGGGACGGUUUGCAAGAGGGCAGAGGAUGUCUGAGGAGAUCAUCAAGAGAAAACUCAUGUUCGAGCAGAUAAGUCAUGUAUCUUUGAGCACUCUCCAGGACGAUUUCGUUAUUAUUCAUGUUAAAGAGGACUACGCCACUCUCCUGCAGAUAAUAUUCAAGACUGAAUUUCUGUCGGUUCUCAGCAAAAAGUAUCUCGAAGUUGUGGGGCAUUCUCUCAAUAUCAGAUUCAGCAAUAAUUUGGAGUUCAAAGUUAAGAAGGAGGGAUGGGGUGGAGGGGGCACACGUCAAGUGAAAUUUACGCAGACCGGAUGGGGUGAUGAGGAGGUAUUGAACUCGAAUGGAAAGAUUCUCAACGUCACGAUAGGCCCAGGAUUGCCAGCCAACUCCAGACCCAGCAGAUCAUCCGGACAGAGGAUAUCGACGAGGCCCAUGAAUCAUCGACCUGCACCAGCUGUAUUCAAUAAUCCAUCAAUGAUAAACCAGAAUUCACGGCCUGCGAGGCCUCCAAUGCCCCAGGAACCGAGACCAUCACCAAGGAAAUAUCCAGAUUCUCACAAUACUGUCAAUACUGCGCCAACAAGUUCCAGACCUCAACUGCCACCCAAUCGACCUAAUGUCCGACCCACAGCUCACAAUCACAGCAAUAAUAGCAAUAAUAAAGUCGCUGGGCUGUCAGCAUCUCUAGGUAAAAUGCUGAUAAACCCAUCAGGAGCACCUAGAACAGGUCUCCUGAGGGCUCCUCCACCUCCCUCGGAUCCAGCACCACCGAAUCAACCUAUGAUUCAUCCCUUUACUAGCAACCAGAGGACGGAGAAUAGAAACAGUGAUAAUCGACUAUCUGGUGGAGUUACUGGACUCGAUGAUCCUAAUCAGAGGCUAGCUGCUACUCUUCUGAUGCAUUCCAAUAGAAAUAAAGGACCUCAACCUCAACGACUACCACCGAGACCACCCCCAGUCUCUAUCCAGAGUUUUCCUAGAGUCAAGGCUCUCUAUGACUAUAAUCCACAAGACUUGGAUGAGUUGGCAUUGAAGGAAGGAGAUAUCAUUGAAGUAUUAAAAGAACAUGAAGGAGGCUGGUGGCAGGGCAGACUGAAUGGGAAGACUGGCCUCUUUCCGUCCAACUACGUAGAAAAAAUUUAAAGGAUGCGCUAAACAUUUUGAUUUAUAAUUCCAUUUGUAUCUUAUUUUUAUAAUUCCAUCGAGCCUUCCAAAGAGACACUCACGUGUCAAUUGUCUAAUCCGAUAGAUCACCAUUUGUAUAUGUACAGGAGUAAUAAAAAAAUGUCAAGUCACUUAUCAUGUCUGUUGUCUGUUUGUUUCGUAAUGGGAAUAUUUUUCAUUUGAUGGUCUCACGGAAUCACUCGCACUGCCCUCAAUUCGAGGUAUGCGUGAAAUUAUGGAAUUUCAACACGAGGAGUAGAGGUUUUUUAUGAUUCAUUUGAAUUCAAUGACUUUAUUGAUUUCUUCAAAUUAAAAAUUCACUACUUACGAAAUUCAUAAGGUCUACUGUAAAUGAUAAAUAGAACCAUAAUGAGGAGGCGAGAGUGGCGUUUACAGAGAUGAAAUUCUUAAAUAAUUCGUAUAAUGAAAACGAUAAAUUCGAUAAUGUGAAUUUUCUUUCGCUUGCAUGUAUUUACAUCAUGUGGACGAUUUAUUCUUGCCAUUUUAGGACAAUAAGCAUCACGCAUUAAAUAUCAUUUAUUUAUAUUAUUGUUAAAGCUUUUUUUAUCUUUAGUGGAUUGAGUUACCAGUGAAAAUGUCUCUUCAAACAAAAAACAAUUAGCGAAUUUUUUAAACAAUGUUAAGUAAUUAUUCUUCAGUUUAUCCGAUGAAACUGAAGAUCUUACAUACCUUAAAAUCAAUUAACAACAUUCACAGAAAAUUGUUUUGGCAAUUAAUUUUUUCAUUCUGAUUCAAAAAGAUACUCCUCGAUUAAUUUUCGUCAACGCGAAUUAAAAAAAUCUCGAGCACACGACUUGUUCUUUAAAUAUUAUUUUUAGAAUCUUCAUUAUGCAUAAAAACGUGCGCAUUAAAUUUGCAAAUGAAUAAUAGAUAUUGGUUGAAUUCACAGUCACAUCGAUGUGAUUAUAAUUCUGAGAUGAACCUAAAUAA